AAAUAAAAUGAAACAACUGAUAAAAUAAAUUCGUAGUUCGUAAUAAAAGUUUGUCCAACUCCAAACUUUUUGAAACUUUUGUUAAUUACUCCGUCGACGAAAACAAUGUGUAAAUAGUUGCGUAAUUUAAUUAGUUUUAAAUGAAUUUAUAUGUGUUAUCAUUUAACAUAGUUGUUGGUUGGUUUUGUGAGAAAUUCGUUGUUGAUGUUUUUAUAAAACACGUACGAAGGAAAGCAAGUUGCGAUAAAGUUGCCUUCGAUGAUUCCAAGCCCACCAUUACUUUCAAUGAUUCCAAGUGCAUCAUUUUGCACCCGUGUAACAGACUAUAACGAUGAUCGGAUCAGACAAAUUAAUACGUUGAAAGUAUUCAACGACAAUGUUUCAGAAAUCACUCCGAAUUCCGAGUACUCCAUCGAAUUUGUAGCUGGUGAAAAUAAACUCGCCAUGUUGAUUAUUCUUGGCCCUGAUUUUCCGUCGGAAAAGCCCUUACUGAAAAUUACCCCGUCUAUAUCGCAUCAAUGGGUUAACGAAAACAGCGAAAUUGUCGGCGCACCUGGAUAUUUAAAUUUUUGUAUAUAUUCGGAUCUCGGCAGAGUGGUACAAGUUAUUAUUCGUGAGCUGCAACGUAAUCCUCCUCCAUUGAAACAAAAAGAAUCACCUAUUACGGCUUCGUGUAGAUUUAAAAAUUUAGAUGUCCUCGAAGCUAGUCCUUGUAGCGAAGAAUUUGAACAAAGUUUUGAAGUUAUGAGCAGCGUGGUUGGAAGAUUGCAUAAAAUGUCCGUAGAAGAACUAAAAAAAUUAAACGAAGACGAAGAAGAUUUGGAAAAAUUCGUCAGUAAUUUACCACACGUCCAGUCACUCAAACAAACUGUUAUAGAUUUAAUUAACGGAACAGAAGAAUUAGAAAAAAAAAAUGUCGAAUUGGAACAAAAAAUCGAAGAAUUGAAAACCGAAAACGAUAACAAAAAGCCUAUAUUCGAAGAACAUAGAGAUAAAUGCAAAGAACUGUAUGAUAAAUAUAUGAAAUUAGCUGAAAUCAGAGCUCCGGUCAAUGUGAAAAAACGAUUAAAACAAGCUGCAACUACGUUAGAUACCGAAAGUGAAACUGUUGCUGAUAAAUUUCUCGAAGGAGAACUACCCCUGGAUCAAUUUUUGUCGAAAUAUAAACAACUCAGAAUACAACUGCACGCUAUCAAAAAGAAAGAAGAAAGAAUCGAUAAACGGAUCCAAAUGGAUAAAAACACUACAUCGUGAACCGGGGAAAUUCGUCCUUCAUUGUGAUGUGAUAAUUUAAAAGUAUUUUUUACUUUUUUUUUCUCUUUUCUAAAAUAUAAAAAAAAUGCUUAUAAAUGUUGUUACUGUUUCAUCCUCGCUCUGUUGUUAUAGUUACAGUAUUACCGAAUACUCGAUCUUGGAAAUAGAGCUUUUUACUUUACGUAUAUAAUCACGCAUUCGGAUUUGUUAUGCCGAUAUGUGUUGGUUACCUCGUUACAUUAUGUGUAUGUAACAAUAUUACGUAUAUAUUUUUUUAAAUCGUUAUUUUGUCGCUGAUAUGAUUUUUAUUUUGGAAGCUCUCGAAUUACGUUGAAAUAAUUGUAUAUAUUAUGUUUUUCUUUACUUGUGUCUCUGUAUGUCGAUGUGUCGUAGAUUUAUCUUUUUAUAACACGCGAUGUUUUAUUAAGUUGUAAUUAAUUUUUAUUUCUCGGUAGGCGUAAUUAUGGAACAGAGUGUGGUUAUAUUAAAAUGCUUUUAUACGGCCAA